CAAUUUUCGUGUACUUUAUUUUAUUUUCUUUUAAACCUUGAUUGAGCAUUUUUCAAUUUAGUUUAUUUCACAUUUAAAUUAAAAAUGAUCAUUCCAGUUCGUUGCUUUACCUGCGGAAAGGUCGUCGGUGACAAAUGGGAGCGGUACCUGACUCUCUUGGAAGAGGGAUUUAAUGACGGCGAGGCUCUUGAUGAUAUUAAAUUGAAGCGGUACUGCUGCCGCCGUAUGGUUCUCACACACGUCGAUCUUAUUGAGAAGCUCUUGCAGUACAACCCGAUGGACAAGGGGCGCCCCUAGACCUGACACUGACAUACUAUAAAAGUGGGGACAUGCAAGACAGCGACGGGUAUGCAUGCUUUUCUCUCUUUA